AUGGGGGGCAGAUCAGCUAGCAAGACUGCUUACUUUGAGAAGCUAAAGGAUCUUCUCGAUGAAUACAAGUCUAUCUUCAUUGUCACCGUCGACAAUGUCAGCUCUCAGCAGAUGCACGAAAUCCGUUUGAGCCUUCGCGGCCAGGCCGUUGUGCUCAUGGGAAAGAACACUAUGGUUCGCCGCGCCCUCAAAGGAUUCAUCACCGACAACCCAGAAUUCGAGCGAUUGUUGCCUCAUGUUAAGGGAAACGUUGGCUUUAUCUUCACCAACGAUGACUUGAAGGAGGUCCGAACCAAAAUUCUGGCCAACAGAAUUGCUGCCCCAGCUCGUGCUGGUGCCGUUGCUCCCGCUGAUGUCUUUGUUCCUGCUGGUAACACCGGUAUGGAACCCGGAAAGACAUCUUUCUUCCAGGCUUUGGGUGUUCCCACCAAGAUUGCUCGUGGUACCAUUGAAAUCACGUCCGAUCUCAAGCUCGUCGAGGCUGGUUCUAAAGUCGGCCCCUCUGAAGCCACUCUUCUUAACAUGCUGAACAUCUCUCCCUUCACGUAUGGUAUGACUGUUGCUCAGAUCUAUGAUGAUGGUCAGACGUUCAGCUCCGAUGUUUUGGAUAUUGAGGAAGAGCAGCUCCUCAAGUCUUUCCAGACCGCUAUUAACACCAUCACUGCCAUUUCUUUGGCUGCCAAUUUCCCCACCUUGCCCUCCGUCAUGCACUCCAUUGUCAAUGCCUACAAGAAGACGUUGGCCAUUGCUGUUGAGACUGACUACAGCUGGAGCGAGAUUGAGGAGCUCAAGGACCGCAUUGCCAAUCCUGAUGCCUAUGCUGCUGCUGCCCCAGUUUCUACUGGCGCUGAAGCCAAGACUGAUGCUGCACCAGCUGCCAAACAGGAGGAAGAGGAAGAGGAAGAGAGUGACGAAGGAGGUUUCGGUGGUCUUUUCGACUAA